GAAAUAGUGAAAUGAAAGAAAACAAAAGGUUUAGUUUUGGACCUAAAUACACUGAAUUUUCAAUGAAUACUCUCGACAGUGACAAACAGCAGAGAGCUUUCGAAAUUUCAGGCGAUAAACACCCCUCUAAAAAGACAGCUUUGGCUGAAUAUAAAAAUGGUAUCAAUCAGAAUGUGCCCCUUAGGAAAGCUGUUUGCUUAACGGGCAAAUAAGAAGAGUGGGAAAAGAAAAUUGUUGAGCUGAUCAGUGCAUAAAUAAAACUUCUAAUUUAAGGAAGAAAGCGAAGAAUAGGCCUGUUAGCCCUGCUCCAGUACCCAAGAACACCUCUGUAGGUGUUGAGUAUAGCUCUCCUUGCCAGAAGAAAGAGAAUAAGAGAAAGCAAAAAUUGUUGGUUAAUAGUUGUCUUCACGAUAGAAAGCCUAAGGAUUUUAAUAAAAUUUCUCAGAUGAGUAAUAAAGCAGAAAGCACACAAUUUUUGCACCCUUCUAGCCAGAAAAGAUCUCCAUCUUUUUUACCAAAUAAAGAGGAGCUGCGUUUAACAAGGGACAGAAUGGAGAAUCAUCAUAAUUUUGAUAUACAAUUUCCAAUCACAAAAGCAAAGGAUAGACUCAGUGUUGAGCCUUCUUUUGAAAAUGAUACAUAUUAUGCUCAGUCUGUUAAAGCUAGAGGAGAGAUUAUAGGAAUAAAUAGCCUAGUUUCAACUUCUACUAUUCAUAAUACUCCUCAUGUUUCAAUGAAAGCGAAGUUAUCUCAGACUAGAGAAUCAAGUGUUGGACAAUUCAGUCGGAAUAAAAGACUCUGAAACAUAGCAAGUAUCAAAGACGCUUGAACAUCUGUAUCUUCACAAAGACAUAGGCCUCAGAUAAAGAGGAAUGCUCCUCUCCAAAAAGAAAGUGCUUUGGUAAAUGAGGUAUAUAAGUCAGACACUUCUCCAAAUAAACCAAGGAUUUCUCCACAGAUAUCUCAAAGAACCUUUGAGUCAGGUAGACACAUGCCAAUUCAUUACAGAAGGCGAGGCCCAGUCAAGAUUGGGGUUAAUUCUGCUAAUUCAAGCGUAUUUGCUAAGAACAGUAAUAAUUCAUCAAAAGAUCUCUCUUUUGAGUUUAUUGAGAGCGAUGCAGUUGCCAAGACUACCACUGCAAAUAGAAAAUUUCCAGAGCCAAUUAGGCCUACUUUCUAUUCUAAAAUCAAAAAAUUCAUUUUUAAAGACACCACAAAAUUUCCUUGAAAAUGAAGCGAGCAGGACCAGGAGCUUGACUGAUGAUCCCGAGCUGGAAAAUGGGUCAGGCUUAUUGAAGCGAAACGAAACCAGAGAAUCAACCAAGACAGAUAUCUUGAGGAAUACAAAUUAGUUAUUGAUAAAAUACACAGAACUGAGCAAGAAGACCCUAAUAUCUCUAUUAAUACUGCUUGAGUUGAAAAUUUCAAUAAUGACCAAGACCAAAUUGAGAAAGAUAUUGAGAGAACUCUUGUUGACGACAAAUUCUUUGGAAAAGGCAAGGAUGGACAGAAUACUCUAAGGGAGCUGCUAAAUAUCCUUGCCCGCAAAGACACAACUAUUGGGUAUGUUCAAGGUAUGAAUUUUCUUGCAGCUGCUUUUCUAUAUCACUGAUCGAAGGAUAUUACUCUAUUUUUACUAAAUUACCUCCUUGACGAUCUUGAGUUAUCUAAGCUUUAUUCUGCUUGAUCAAAUGAACUAAUGGAGAGGAACAAUUCGUUAAAAUCUUUAAUUUACCGAUGAAACCGUAAAGUGUACAAUCAUUUUGAGAAUAUUGGUCUUGACCCUCAAACCUUCGCGUUGGAAUGGAUGUUUGACUUGUUCAGCCAUACUAUCCCUCUGAACUUCUAUGGGAAAUUCUUAGACAACUUCUUAGCUCUGCCUUCAACGAACAGCAACACAGGCUGGGCGUACUUCGACGGGGUAGUGGUCUCCAUUCUGCUUGAAAUCAGAAACGAGAUUCUGGAAAAGGAUGAAUGGGAUGAAAUCCUUGUUUUCAUCAAGGAUUAUACUAAGGAUAAAAACCUAUCGUUUUUCAGCUGGAAAAUUAAUUGGGACAAGAUCCUCAACCAAGCUGUUACGAUCUAAAAUAAUUAAACUAGCUUUUUUUGGGUGAAUUUUGAACGUUAUCUUGAUAAAAUAUU